AUGGCCACGCUAAAAGGGCCAGGUGCCGCUCAGAAACACGAUGGCUCUGACCUGCGGAUCGCCAUAGUACACGCCCGGUGGAAUACUACCAUGAUCGAUGCCUUGGUCAGUGGUGCAAAGAAAGCCAUGCUGGCUCAAGGUGUGAAGGAGGAAAACAUCCUCGUCGAAUCCGUACCCGGCUCAUACGAGCUCCCUCUCGCCGUGCGGGGUAUCUACCAGGCAUCGCAAAUACAGAGCACAGCGAGCACGGUUGCUGGUGGCGUGGGCAACCUCGCAAGCGGAAUCGGGGAUUUACUCGGCGGAAGCAACUCAACCACAGAUUUGCAUGGCAGCCUCCAACCAGGACCUCCAGAGCCAGAGAAGAAAGAAGCCAAGGGAUUGAGACACACCUUCGACGCGAUAAUAGCAAUUGGUGUGCUGAUAAAGGGAGAAACGAUGCACUUUGAAUAUAUCGCAGAUGCGGUGAGCCAUGGCCUCAUGAGGGUACAGCUGGACACGGGCGCUCCCGUCAUCUUCGGCUUGUUGACAGUGCUGAACGAGGGUCAAGGGCUGGCGAGAGCUGGUCUUGAAGGCGGCACAGGGAAAGAAGCAAAGGGACACAACCAUGGAGAAGACUGGGGCAAUGCAGCUGUUGAGCUUGGAGUCAAGCGCAAGGGUUGGGGAGAAGGCAAGAUUGCUGGAACGUGA